UUCGGGAACGUCGCGAUCAUAACGUGAAAUAAUGAAUUUUGUUGUUUUAGAAUAUGGGUGAAUAUGUGCAAUAAUUUUUUAAACUUUGAUGUGUAAAGUGUUGUGUUUUGAUUAUAUUUGUGCAAUUAAGUGUUAAAAAUGGCCUCGGAUAAGAUUAAAGUCGCUGUUCGGGUCCGACCUUUUAACAGGCGAGAACUCGAACUUGGGACACAAUGCGUGGUAGAAAUGGAGGGGCAGCAGACCGUUCUGCAGUACCCGCAGUCGGCACACGAGAAAGAAAGGAAACAACCAAAGACGUUCGCGUUCGACCACUGUUUCUUCUCUCUGGAGGCAGGGCUGCCCAACUUCGCAUCCCAAAAGACAGUGUUCGAAUGUCUGGGACGGGACAUCCUGGACAAUGCCUUCGAGGGGUACAACGCGUGCAUCUUCGCUUAUGGACAAACAGGCUCAGGCAAAUCGUACACCAUGAUGGGCGCGCCCGGGGCCGACGAGGGCGGUAUCAUCCCGCGGCUUUGCGACGCGCUCUUCGAACGGAUCGCAGUCCAGCAGAACCCACCGGCCCUCACUUACAAGGUCGAGGUAUCCUACAUGGAGAUCUACAACGAGCGCGUGCACGAUCUAUUGGACCCGGAGACGUCGCGGCGCUCGCUGCGCGUGCGCGAGCACGUCGUGCUUGGGCCCUACGUCGACGGGCUGUCGCAGCUCGCCGUCGCGUCUUUUCAGGACAUCGACAACCUAAUGACUGAAGGCAACAAAUCCCGGACAGUGGCUGCCACAAACAUGAACAGCGAGUCAUCCCGGUCACACGCGGUGUUCAGCGUGGUCCUCACACAGACGCUGUGUGAUGCUGCGACAGGUGUCACUGGCGAGAAAGUCGCCAGGCUGUCGCUGGUGGACUUAGCUGGCUCCGAGCGAGCUGUCAAGACCGGCGCGGUAGGCGACCGGCUGAAGGAAGGAUCUAAUAUCAACAAGUCCCUCACGACCCUCGGCCUGGUAAUCUCCAAGCUGGCGGACCAGUCGUCGGGCAAGCCCAACAAGGACAAGUUCGUGCCGUACAGAGACUCUGUGCUCACGUGGCUGCUGAAAGACAACCUUGGGGGGAACAGUAAGACUGUCAUGGUGGCGACCAUAUCGCCAGCGGCGGACAACUACGAGGAGACGCUAUCGACGCUUCGCUACGCUGACCGGGCGAAGCGAAUCGUUAACCACGCUGUGGUCAACGAGGACCCCAACGCGAGGAUCAUCAGGGAGCUGCGGCAAGAAGUCGAAGCUCUGAAGGAGAUGCUCAAGUAUGCCACGGGUUCCCCCGUGGGUGAAGACGUCCACGAACAGUUGGCUCAAAGUGAACAUCUGAUGAAGGAGAUGUCCAGGACCUGGGAGGAGAAACUCGUUGAAACUGGUCGGAUACAAAGCGAAAGACAACAAGCCCUAGAAAAGAUGGGCAUUAGCGUCCAAGCGAGCGGCAUCAAAGUAGAGAAGAAUAAAUACUAUCUCGUCAACCUCAACGCGGAUCCAUCGCUCAACGAACUACUUGUAUACUACCUAAAGGAUCGAACCCUAGUCGGCGCGGACAGUUCAGCCGACAUCCAGCUAUCAGGCUUAGGCAUCCAGCCACAGCACUGCCAAUUGGUGGUGGAGGGCGGCGCCCUACACAUGGAGCCUCUGAAUGGCGCGCGCUGCUUCGUCAACGGAGCGCCCGUGAUCUCACGAGUCUUGCUCGGACACGCUGACAGGAUUCUGUGGGGGAACCACCACUUCUUCCGCGUCAACUGCCCUAAAACCACCACGACCGCAGCAUCAGAGCCGCAGACUCCCGCGCAGCCGAUCGACUAUAACUUCGCGCGCGACGAGAUCAUGCUCAAUGAGCUCAGCAACGACCCCAUACAGACCGCCAUCUCGCGGCUGGAGAAACAGCAUGAGGAGGACAAACAAGUUGCUUUGGAAAAACAACGGCAAGAAUAUGAAAGGCAGUUCCAGCAACUGAGAAAUAUUCUAUCACCGUCAACACCAUAUCCACCGUACUCGUACGAUCCAUUGAAAUUAGGUAAAAUGACAGCCUGUACCCCUACCACCGCGGCUCGCGUGGAACGCUGGGCAGCGGAGCGCGACGACACCUUCAAGCGGUCUCUGGGCCGACUCAAGGCAGACAUAUUGCGAGCCAACGCGCUUGUACAAGAAGCCAACUUCUUGGCUGAAGAGAUGCGGAGGAACACCAGGUUCAGCGUCACACUGCAGAUACCGCCGCAGAAUCUGAGCCCGAAUAGGAAGCGGGGCGCUUUCGUGUCCGAACCAGCUAUAAUGGUCAAGCGGCCAGGUCGAGGCGGGCAGGUGUGGUCGAUGGAGAAGCUUGACAACAAGCUGGUGGACAUGCGCGACAUGUACGACGACUGGCGCCGCCGCCAGCAGAGGGGGGCGCCUGUGUCAGAGUCGGCUGAUAAAGAUGAAAUCGACAAUAUUUCACAGGAACCAAAUGAGAAAGCGAUCGAUCCGUUCUACGAGUCGCAGGAGAACCACAACCUCAUCGGAGUCGCCAAUGUGUUCCUUGAGGCACUCUUUCAUGACGUGACUCUGGACUACCACACACCCAUCAUCAGCCAGCAAGGAGAGGUGGCCGGGAGACUACAGGUGGAAUUGAGUCGAGUGUCCGGCCAGUUCCCUCAAGACAGAAUUUGUGAGGCAGCAUCAGACAGCUCCGGUGAUAUGCGAGACGACGAUGACCCUGCUGAUCCUGCCACUCAACAAGUCACAAUCCGCGUGGUGAUCAAGCAAGCGACCGGCUUGCCGCCGUCGCUCUCGCACUUCGUGUUCUGCCAGUACUCGCUAUGUGGCGGCGAGCCGGUGGUGGUCCCGCCGCAUGUCAGUGCUGAUACGCCGCCACCGCCACCCGCCUCGCCGAGGCAUCAACCACAAGCGACCUUCCGCUUUGACCACCGUCAGGAUUUUACGCUGCCGUUGACUGAGGAGUUCAUCGAGCACUGUGCCGAGGGCGCCCUCUCCAUCGAAGUGUGGGGCCACCGCUCCGCCGGUUUCAGCCGCGGGCGCGGCAACUGGGAGGUGGAACAACAGCAAUUGGCCAAGGCGCGCUCGCUGGCCGACCGCUGGGCCGAGCUCACGCGCAAGAUCGAGCUCUGGGUCGAGAUCCACGAGCUCAAUGACCAGGGCGAGUACGCUCCAGUAGAGGUGAGCCAGCGCAGCGAUAUGCUGACCGGCGGCGUGUACCAACUACGGCAGGGGCAGCAGCGGCGCGUGGGCGUGCGCGUGCGGCCGGCGCACAACUCCGGCACGCUGCCCAUCAUCUGCCAGCACAUCGUCAGCGUCGAGGUCGGCUCCGUGUCCGUCAGGUCGCGUCUACAAAAACCAUUGGACUCGUACCAAGAAGAGGACUUGGCUGUUCUCCGCGAGAGGUGGAGCGACGCGCUCGCUCGUCGCCGGCAGCAUUUGCACGCACAACUACAGAAACUUGUGAACAUGUCGCCAUCGAUGAAGAGUGAACGGGAUAUGGAACGCGAACAAUCACUCGUCGAACAGUGGGUCUCACUCACGGAAGAGAGAAAUGCUGUGCUGGUGCCGAGCCCUGGCAGUCCUAUACCCGGCGCGCCCGCUGCGUGGAACCCGCCCACUGGCAUGGAACAACACAUACCUGUUCUAUUCCUUGACCUCAACGCGGACGACCUAACAACGCACCCGUCAGGCGAGGAGGUGACCGUGGCCGGCCUGCACUCCAUCCUGCCCAAGGAGCACGGCAACAAGUUCUACGAGCUGCAGAUACUGCACCACCACGACAAAGACGUCUCCGCCAUCGCCUGCUGGGACUCCUCUAUCCACGACUCGCAGUACCUCAACAGGGUUACCGAGGCCAAUGAACGCGUGUACCUGAUUCUAAAGACAACAGUGCGGCUGUCGCACCCGGCGCCAAUGGAUCUCAUACUUAGGAAACGACUAGGGUUAAACAUAUACAAACGGCAGAGCUUGACCGAUAGGAUACGUAAGAAAAUUGUCAGGACGGAUCAGCUGUCACAAACCGGUGUCACGUAUGAAGUGGUCUCGAACAUUCCGAAGGCCUCCGAAGAGUUGGAAGACCGGGAGAGUCUGGCGCAAAUCGCCGCCACUGGAGAAGAUUCGAGCGCUGCUGACGGCGAGACUUAUAUCGAAAAAUACACCCGCGGCGUCAGCGCAGUAGAGAGCAUACUGACGCUCGACAGACUGCGACAAAGCGUAGCUGUCAAAGAACUGGAGCAGUCCCGCGGCCAGCCCAUCACGAUGCGCAAGACUGCAUCCGUGCCUAACUUCUCGCAGAUCAUGCGCCUGGACUCGUCACUGGAGUCGUUGGCCGGCCUCGCGGGAGGCCGCUCGGGCAGCGUGGCCGACCUCGCCGACGAGACGCCGCGCCGCGCCGCCCACCGCCACUCCUACGCAGCGCCGUCGCACAACGACCCCGAUAUGGCAACGCCCACUAAACCCUUCGGCCUCGCGCGGCCCACGUUCCUAAACUUGAAUCUGAACCUCAACUCGCUGCGACUGCAGACGCCGAGCAAGUCGUCCCCAGCGAGCGGCAAGCUAGGUCUGCGCAUGACCACGCUUCACGAGGAGCCUGGGAGGCGCAACGAUGAUGACUCGCACUCGGAGCCCGAGUCCGCGCCGUUAGAUGAGCUCACCACGCCGCGAUCACAUCGCACCCGGUCCCGUGCAUCAUCCCGCGGCUUCCUGCCGACUUCGAAGACGCUGGACUCGCUUCAUGAGCUGGCGUGCGAGCGUCUGCCCAACAAGAACUCGCCGUCGAUAUCGUCCAGUGGCUACGGUUCACAAGCAGUAUCAUCAACGAACCUCACCAACGACGACACGCUAUCCAUCCGAAGCAUGUCGGUCGACGACACCCCGGACUUCGACAAAACCAUGGAGUACACACACAUCAGCCGGACCAAGACCUCCAUGGCCGGUCUACGGAACGAGAUCACCGAACUCAGGAACGAUAUAUCCGAGCUCAAGAAUGAGAUAGUCGAGUCUAAGAACGAACUGGACGACCCAUCGUUCGAGAAAGCGAAGACUCCUGUUCUCACUCCUGGGUCUAGGAAUCGGAUUAAUCCAUUCCUGAGGGACUGUGAGGAGGCAGAUGAGAAGAAGGAUCAGAUGGUGGAUCCUUUGGGAGCGAUUCCGGUGGAGGUCCUGUCUAGUCAGCCGAACAAAGCGUCGGAGCCGGUGCAAGUGAACGGACAAGUGGCUCAUGAGCAGUCGUUUGGUGAAGCAGAAGUGGAAUCAGUUGGCUCGGAGCAAUCAAGCCACGACGCGUCGCGUAGCCGCGAGGCUUCCUCGGUGGGCGAGAGCGACUCGGCCUCGCCGCCGCCCGACCACGCGCCCGUCAAGACGCAGCUGCCCGCCGGGAAGGUGGUGCGAAGACGAGCGACCGGCAGUGGGUCAGGAGGCAACAGACGCACGACUACGACGCGACCGCGCUCGGCCAUCGAGCCUAGUCAAGCGCAUCACGCGUCACAACGAAACUUACACGAAACGCCAGCCUCGUCUACUGAGCGCAUCGGGGAUGACGAGUCGUCAGAGAGCGCGCGCACGAUCACGGUGCCGGAGUGGAUGACGGUGGGCGAGAGCGUGUCGCUGCGGCUGAGCAGCAGCACCGGCGUCGUCGCCUACGUCGGGCCCACCCACUUUGCCCACGGGCCCUGGGUGGGCGUGGCCUUGGACGCGCCCACAGGCAAAAACGACGGCUCAGUAGGCGGCACACGGUACUUCGAGUGCCGGCCGCGGCACGGCAUCUUCGUGCGGCCCGACAAGCUGGCGCACGACCGCCGCGGACGCAGCGCGCGCGCCUACAAGGAGCAGGAGCGCGCCUCCAUCAAAGGUGAAGGCCUUCACAACUUGCACAGAUCAAGAAGUCGCGGCGAGAGCAUAAACGCCGUGGGCAUCAAGACUAGGAGCAAAUAAACCCUCAGCCACCGGACCGAAGCGACUACGUCCACAGCCUGUGUAGAUACCGUUUCUGUUGCAGUCGUGUCACGCGUAUGGUGCUUUUGUAUACUAUAGUUGGAUUUGUUUAGUUCGAAUCAGUAAAUGACAUUUAGAAUUAAGUGCAAUAUGGCGGACAGCUAAUGUGAUAUUCCGUGACCAGCGUAUGUAAUUAUCGGCAUGAUAAAAAUGAAAUGUUUAAUUUUUUUUGGUGGAAAUACUGUAAUUUACAAAACUGGUUACACUCUUAAUGUGACUUCACUGAUUCGAAUGAAACAAAUCAAAGUUUAGACGUUUAUCUUCCGUUACCGCGUCGUGAAGCAAUACGCAAGCCUUUAUUCGUUAAGUUGUUGGCCCGCAGCUGGGGAAACAAGAUGAUCUCAAUUUUAUUGAUACGCUCAAUAAAACCGCGCAGAUACAUCGACGACGUUUCCGAAGAUCGCAAAUGUUAGGUACAAGUAUUUUUUACUUCUUUGACGUUAUCGACUUAAAUUUUACAUUACACGAUAUGUAAAUAGUAUGAAAUUAUGUGAUUUAAUUUUAUUAUAUGAUUUCCAUGUAAAUAUGUGAAUUUUUGUGUGUGUAUUAUUUUAUUUGAUAAUUUUAGAACCAAUGAAUUUUUUUGUGAUCGGUGAUAAGGUUCGAUGCAUUAUUUGUAUAGAAUUUUUUACUGUAUAGUUUGUGGUAUAGAUGUUAUCGUAAAUUAUUUAUGUAUUUUAGCUCAUUGACUAAUGCUUUUCUUGUCUAUGGAUACAGCACAGGCCGACGUUCCCGCGGGAACGUCAGGUCUGUGCGCUUGCGCCGCACACUUCAUAGACACGCAUUUCACAAACGACUUUUAUUAAAAUGUAUUUUUAUCGAAUGAUUCCUAGCGAUGUACUUUAAUUUCGACCUAUUGCUCAUAUGUGUUGUACACACGAUUGCCAGUGUAUAUGUGAUAGUUUCUUGCCACGCGUUAGCCCUUAUACAUUUUCUCGUCUGCUUUUUACCCUUUAAAAUUUUCGAAAUCGUCCAAUAUUACAUCUUCGUCCUUUAAAAGACUUGUACUUAGUACACUAACAAACCAUUUUGACGGAAAUUACUGAUGCCCAAACUUUGAUUGACUUUCGUUGUGUGGUCCAAGUGAUAAGCGAAAUGAAGGCUGACUUCCAUACAAUUUUGGAAAUUCUGAAAUAUAUUCAUAGAAAGAGUAAUUAAACAAGGCUGUCCAUUAUGUUAAGCUGCAUUAUUGACUCUCGUUUUGUAAACUAAUAUAAAUUACGGCCAUUUAAUUAAAUCAUUAGUAAUAUAUCGCUUAUCGCUUGUGCCAUAAAAUUUAUCGAUUAGGUUGUGUAGGUAAUCUGAAUUGUAAAAAAUACGUGUGUAUAUCAGCACGCUGUAAAUUAAAAAUAAAUAUUAUAAUGUGUCACUAGUGAAAAUGUCCUCAAUUUAUUAUCUCCAUCCACUUGCGAACAAUAAAUUCGAUGAGAGUUCUAUCUAAUAAAUAGUGAAGCGAGCGGUGUCCUCGCUCGUGCCACAUAUGAAUGUGUGGUAGUUAUUUUGGCAUUUUUUGUGAAGAUAGUAUCAGAAGUUAUAGCGGCGUAGGACGCGUGUAAUCGAGUGUUAGGAAAUGUCCACAUUGCCCGCCUCCGGGCAGCAUAGACUAGCUCACCUAAUGUAUAUUCCAUCCUCUUAGAAACGUAAUCGAUCGUAAGUACACUUAACAAGUACACAGAUAGUUUAAAUGCCUCGUUAUUUACUAGUGUUUGUAAGAGUUCCAAUUUCAGCGUUCAUUAUAGCCCGCCACUUGCCUCCAUUCCUGUAAACAUAUGUAUAUUAACAUUAAUGAAUUAAGUACUCACGUUAAAAUACAAAAAUAUCAAAAAUAUUUAAAUCGUUUCAAUGCACUCGAGAAUUUCACGCCAACUCGUAAGGUGCGGUUCUACUGCAAGCGGUUUUUCGGAGACACAUUUAGUUUAAUAAAUGAUAUAGGAUGUAAAAUAUUUAACAUCAAAGUAUAUCUCGACUUAGAAGCUUGUGUAGUGGGGCCGCGACCUAAAUAAUUUAAGCGUUGACUGACAUCAUAUUGUCUCACGUAAUAGUUAUCACCAUUAACAUUUAUCGAAUGCUUAUUAGACUGUCGUACUUAAACAUUCCAUUUUUUCUAUACAUUUAUCGUUCUAGCAGAAUUCAGUAGAGUAAUGUCAGUAUUCACUGAUGAUUUAGAUUUCUAACAGUUGUGACUUAAAUGGCGUUAAUUUUUGCAUUUUACGAUUUUGACUUUAAUGUAAAAGUAUAGACCAGUGUAUAAAUAAUUCUGGCCCUAACUAGGACAGCUCAAUGUGUAGUCGAAGUAAACAGUCUAAAUGAAAUAUUGAUUAUAACUUUGAAAUAUUGUAGGAUGUCUUUGAACCUCUCGAUGUGCUUGUGUCCAGUAGUGUCGGUAGGUCAUGGGCAAAGGGUUGGAACUGAAGGCCUCUGGUGGAACUGGCGUGGAAACAACGGAUAAUUGUGUAGACUUGACCUUAAAAAAUUGCGGGAUCGUUAUUUUUGUAUAGAGGCGGCCCGCGUGAGAGUCUACACGUUGUUGUAUCGGAAUCGUAUCGGAUUUUUUCUUCUAUAAUCGUAAUUUUGUAGUGCUGUCGCGCCUACCCAUUGAGUUGGAGCGGGAUAAAGCUAUAUAAAAUACUAUUAUGUUAGAAAAAGAACUAUUAUGAUUCCGAUGCCCGCCCGUUUCAUCAUAGACUGAUGGGGGUAGCAGCGAAGGAACGAAGUGUGGCAUUCGAGGCAAAGUAUGCACUAGGGCUCCUAGUAUUAGGCUAAUAGCGACCUUAAAAGCAGCGUCUGGUAGGUCCUAAAUUAAUUUAAUAGUAACUAAGCUGACCAUGUGCUGUGCUUUUGUUUUAAACAAUUAGUUUUUAAGUAAAUGAAAUUAUUUGUUUAUAAUUAUUAUUUCAUGUAGAUGAUUUUGUAUUUAUUGCAUCCAACAAAUCAUGAGCUUUUACGAUGAUAAUGUAAUUAAUUAGGUUUGUGAAGCGAUGCAUGAUUCAUUUAGCAUAGAUUACAAGGUUAUUUAAGUUGCCAGUGUCGGACAUGUAAUAUAAAAUAAAGAUCACAAACCAUAUUGUAUUCUUGAUUAUUUCUUGACGAUUGGUCUUAUUGGCAGCUACUUGGUAGGGUAGGUAGAUGGUUGCAUCUUUCUGUAAACACCUGAGCAUAAUAAAUUAUAAAGAGAUUUUAAUAUUUAAAUAUGGAAAUAGUUCACUUCUAGUGGAAAUAUUUUUGCCAAGUAGCAAAUUCGCGUCAACCAUCGCUGUCAUUAUCAAUAAAUGUAUGAUAAAUUAA